UUUAAAUGAACUAUUCUCUGUGCUGGAAUGCACUUCCAGUUCUUCACAUAUCUGUGACUUUGUCAGUUCCUCUGUUCCCUACCACCCCCACCACGCACACACCUCUGGCUGCCCAAGCCACAGGGUGGAGGAAACUGACUUUCCUGGAAUUGUCGGGAUAAAGCUUAUUUUUCCUGUUCGGAGGUGAAACAAGAGACAGGCCGAAACAGACAUUAGACACAACUACCAUCCCAGAACUAAGCCAAUUAGAAUGGAAGUCAGUGUGUGCGCAUGUGUAUGUGCUGCGUAGGGCUGAAACGAUGCAAGCUGUUAGGCUGCUUUCGCCAAAGCUGUCUACAUGAGGCUCUGUGUGUUGAGCCUCUUGCCACUUUCUCGAUUUGGGUCGCUUGGCUUGAUCAUCAGGAGAGAUGUCACUGCUGUCUGGUCUCGGGAGAAAUCCAUUGAUAGCUGCUUGGCUCUCCCGGAUUUUGCUAAUGCCAUUCCCUCUUCGCUCCACCUAAAAAGGAUGGAAAGCCUGGAGUCGGAGCUGACGUGCCCGAUCUGCCUGGAGCUGUUUGAAGACCCCCUGCUGCUGCCCUGUGCCCACAGUCUGUGUUUCAACUGUGCUCGCCGCAUCCUGGUCUCGCAUUGCACUUCAGGUGAGCCAGUCGACGCCAUCUGCGCCUUCCAGUGCCCCACGUGCCGUUAUGCCAUCUCACUGAGCCCACAGCGUGGCCUGGACGCACUCAAGCGCAACGUCACCCUCCAAAAUAUCAUCGAUCGUGUCCAAAGGGCUUCCACUUCUGCCACUCUUCUUCUGUCCUCCAGCGGGCACAGUUCACCAGGUGACAGCCCUCUAGGUGCCAUGACGACUGCCACUGCACCCUCCUCACCCACUGAGCUGGUGCAGUGCCAGUUUUGUGAGCAGGAACCACCACAGUGUGCUGUGAAGACCUGCGUAACAUGUGAGGUGUCUUACUGCGAGGAAUGCCUGCGCGCCACCCACCCCAACAAGAAACCAUUCACUGGACAUCGCCUCAUUGAACCUUUGCCUGACUCGCACCUCAGAGGUCUGCAGUGUCUUGAACAUGAGGAGGAGAAAGUGAACAUGUACUGUGUCACGGAUGAGCAGCUCAUCUGCUCCCUCUGCAAGCUGGUGGGACGCCACCGUGACCACCAGGUGGCAGCGCUACAUGAGCGCUACGAGAAACUAAAGCAAACAUUGGACUCCAACCUCAGCAAUUUGAUCAAGAGGAGCAAUGAGUUGGAAUCACUAAUGGGGAAGCUGAUUCAGACCUGUCAGCAUGUGGAGAUGAACGCAUCACGACAGGAAGGAAAGCUGAUGGAAGAAUGCGACAUCUUGAUCAGCUUAAUUCAGGAGAGGAGACAGAUUAUUGGCGCCAAAAUCAAAGAGGGCAAGGCGGUUCGACUGCGUAAACUAGCACAACAAAUUGCCAAUUGCAAGCAGUGCAUCGAGCGAUCGUCUGCUCUCAUAACUCAAGCAGACCAGAUGCUGAAAGAAACCGACCAUGCUCGCUUCCUCCAGACUGCCAAGAGCAUCUCAGAGCGAGUCUCCAUGGCUACAGCGUCAUCUCAGGUCCUGAUACCCGAGAUUAAUCUGACGGACACAUUUGACACUUUCGCGCUGGAUUUUACCAGAGAGAAGAAGAUGCUUGAAAGUCUUGAUUACCUAACAGCGCCCAGUCCUCCAGGUAUCCGAGAAGAGCUCUGCACAGCGUCCUAUGACACCAUAACUGUGCACUGGACAUCUGAUGAUGAGUUCUCUGUAGUUUCUUAUGAGCUUCAGUACACCAUCUAUACUGGCCAGUCAAAUAUUGUCAGUCUCUGCAACUCUGCUGACAGCUGGAUGAUUGUGCCCAAUAUCAAGCAGAACCACUACACCGUUCAUGGCCUGCAGAGUGGCACCAAGUACAUCUUCAUUGUCAAGGCCAUUAAUCAGGCAGGAAGUCGCAGCAGUGAGCCUGGGACACUCAAAACCAACAGUCAGCCAUUUAAGCUUGACCCAAAGUCAGCACACAGGAAGCUAAAAUUGUCCCAUGACAACCUGACGGUGGAACGUGAUGAGAUAUCCUCAAAGAAGAGCCACGGUCAGGAGCGCUUCAGCAGCCAAAGCAGCUAUGGUGUCAUAGGAAACGUGUACAUCGACAGUGGCCGCCAUUAUUGGGAGGCACUAAUUGGAGGGAGCACUUGGUAUGCUGUGGGCAUAGCCUAUAAGUCAGCACCCAAGCACGAGUGGAUUGGGAAGAACCCUUUGUCAUGGGUGCUGUGCCGUUGCAACAAUUCCUGGGUGGUGCGCCACAACAGCAAAGAGAUGGCCAUUGACCCCUCACCACACCUGAGACGAGUCGGUGUGCUCCUGGACUAUGAUGCCGGCUCGCUGGCUUUCUAUGAUGCCGUGAGCUCUCAGCACCUCCACACCUUCCAUAUCACCUUCACCCAGCCGGUUUGCCCUGUGUUUAAUGUCUGGAACAAAUGUCUUACAGUCCUAACAGGCCUCCCUAUCCCAGAUCAUUUGGAAGGUGUAGAGGCUUUCAACUGAGGCUGUGGUGUUUCUUUCUAAAUAAAAGAGCGGACCUUGGGCUGCUUUGGUUUGCUUUCAGCUCUGGCCAUGACCUUGUUGGCCACAUCAUAUUUCCAGUUCAUUAAGGUUUUUUAAAAGCAUACACAGAAGGUUUUGACAGCAAUUCCACCUUUAUAUGAAAAAGUAAAAGGUUUCAUAACCCCUGAGUUCAAAUGACAAUUAAUUAAAAAAUUUUUUUUUUUACCUAAGUCAAGACCACAGUGCAUUGAUAUCAGGUAUUUUGGAGGAAUUUUGCACAUGUCUAUAUGGUAUGUCUAUAUUUAUGAAAAGAGGGACGAUCACAUUAUAGUCAAUUUAGUGCAAUUAUGUGAUUAGGUUUCUUAGUGCAAUCUCAAUUGAUAUGCAGAUGAUGGACUAUUUUUACUUUAUAAAAAGGACAUUUCAACAAUGCAGCAGGACUGAUUACAUGCAUACAUAAAACCUUUUCCAUUUUAGGUCAAGUCAAUGCUUGCUUGUCUUUUGCCUAAUUAUGACUGUUGCGGUAUACCUGUUUUUGAGCAUAUACAACUGUUUUAUGUUCCUGAACACUUUAGCAGUAAAUCAAUGCACAAUUGUAUUUUAGAUACACAAUCUAUGUUGUGUGCUCAAAAAAAAAUUACACAAUUUUGUAUUGUGUAUUGUAUUUGCAUUUGAGGAAGGUUGCCUGUCAUUUUUUUCUGUCAGACUUUUUUUUUUUUAAUGUAUCAUUAGCAGUGGUGGCACUAAGUUCAUUUACUGACCUAACAUAGCUCAUUAAAUCAAUAUUAAAAUCAAAAAUGUAUCUUCCUGCACAGAUUCAACAGUUGUGUAGAUUUCUACACGGACUAAAACACUUUCCGUUUAGAGUAAAUUAUUAAUGUAUAUUAGUUUUAUGUAAAAAUUUUGAAAGAACAGAAAAUUUCAAGUCUAUUUUGUGGUUUAAAUAUGUCUGUACAUAUGAUAAUCUGGCAGUUCAUAACCUUACAUCUCUGUAGUGUAUAGAAAUUGUCGGUUUCUAGUUGCUGAGGGUAAACUGUUUGCAAAGAGUUGUUUUAUACUCUUGUAUCACAGCAUUUUUGUAGCAUGUUUUAAAAACAGUUAAUGUAUCAGCCACAUGUUGGUAUCGUGUUUUCAGUUGUCUUUCACAAAAGCAAACCAAGGAUUUGUUAAAGAGGAUUAAUCUGACUACUGAUUCACAGUGAAGCUGCCAUCCACAGAAAAUCCUUUCAGGCUAAAAAAAAAAAAAAAAAAAAAAAAAAGAAAAAAAAAGGAAGCACUUUCACACAAAUGGAAUAUCAUCAUGGAAUUCAAAACAGUAUGGGCUAGAUAAUUGCAGCUCAAGACACAACUUGAUGUGGCCAUAAAAAUAUGCUCACAUUGCAUUUGAAAGUAACAUUCAACGCUGUAGCUCAUCACGCGAGCCUGGAACAACCUACUAAGCAUGGAAACACAAUCUGUAGUGUAAAUGCUGGUGGAAAUGGUCAACCAUAGAGCUGUUUACAAACUCUGGAUUAAAGCUAAUGUGCUCGUAAAUUAAGGUCUUAUUAAAUAAAGAUUCACAUUAAACAGUGUGGCAAAUAUUAAAAUGGCUAAUACGUCGAUUUAUUCUAAACUGAUUUAAAGGAAAAUAUACCUUUGUGCAGAAUAAUACAUCUGUAAAAUGUAUAUAAAAGGUCUACACACCCCUGUUAAAAUGGCAGGUUUUGUGAUGUAAAAAAAAAAAAAAAAAAAAAAAAAAAAACAACCCAAAAAUAAAUCAUGUCAGAACUUUUUCCACCUUCAGUGUGAGAUUACAAGGUAUAAAAAUUAAGUGAAAAACUAUCAAAAUUUUAGGCAAUAAAGGAAGAAAAAAAAAACAAAACAUAACCUACGUACAUAAGUGAAUCAUUCUUUACAUGAUUCAGAAUGCAGCAGCAUGCCUUGUUUUCCAGCCCAAAAGAACCCAUGUCACACACCUCUACAUCUCCAUCCACUGGCUUCCUGUAGCCGCCUGCAUCAAAUUCCAGUCCUUGAUGCUCACGUACAAGACCUUGUCUGGAACAGCACCCCCUACCUCAACACUCUCCUUGAGGUUUAUGUUCCUUACAUACAAUCUGCAACCAGUUAACGACCGACACCUGGUAGUGCCUAUUCAGUGAGGCAUGAGGUCCCUUUCCAGAACCUUCAAAAUGACUGUCCCUCAGUAGUGGCCAACCUCUUCUGUGAACACUUAACUAACCCCUAACUUAGAUAUUUUUUUUUUUGUGAGAAAGGACUUCCUCUAGCCAGCCUACCCCAUAGCCCAGACAGGUGAAGAAUAUGAGAGAUUGUUCUCACAUACAGAGAGUGAUCAGUACUUGUCAGUUAUUCCUGCAGCUCCUUUAAUGUUGCUGUAUGUCUCUUGGCAGCCUCCCUGGUACGUUUUUGUCUUGUCCUUUAACAAAUGUUGGAGGGACAUCCUGUUCUGUUCUUGUCACUGUGGAGCUCCAUUUUCUGUAUUUGUUGAUUAUGGCCUUUAUUGUGCUGCAUGGUACAGGGUUUUCCCUACUAUAGAAAGGCCUAGGCACAGCACCUAAGUGUUUUAAGAUUUAAGCUGAAUUAAACUGAAAAAGCAUUUAGGAAACAUAUCAAAAUUAAUGUAAAAAUGAAUCCCAUGAGCUGAGAAAAAAAAACAGAUGUGAAAAAAACAGAUCUCAAAUGUUAAUCUAGCAACAGGAAUGAGCUGCCAAUCAACAAUCAUUGUCGUGAACGUUUGUGUGAUUGGUGUGUGAUAGAUGUUCUUUGUUAAGUUAAUCAUACAGCUGAUGGGUAGUUAUCUGUAUCGUCACCUUGGGGUGGUAGUUACAGCCAUCGACUUGGAUAAGCAAGUUACAAGCCAUUGAUAAGGUAAGCCUCACCAAAGUAUAAAUGAAGUAUGAACUUUUUGGUUAGGGAGCAAUUCUUGUGGAGGUUAACAAUAGCAAUAACAGAUAGUGACAAUAUAUAACUAAUGUAGCCUAUUUUACAACUAAAGAAAUCACUAGCCUAGCUAACUUGCAUAGAUAUUCAUGUACUGAAUUAAGUUAUGUAAGGCCAACGAAGCUAGUUAGUUGAUGUUACAUAAAGAUACCUCGACUGAAUUAAAGUUAGUAUCUAAUGUGGCUUGGUAGCUAAACAAAGUUAGGCUGUGUUUGUCAUGGCCCCCAGGAACACAAUCCCCCAUCUGGCCUCGCCAUCUUUGUUGAUCCCCCCUCAGGCCUCACUGCGGUCCGUGCUGUUAGCCUCUCACACUGGUGGUGCUUUCAGCCUUAAGGGGGUGGGGGCUCUGUCAUGGCCCCCAGGGCAAGUUCCAUCUUUGGCUACUAGAGGGCAUCCUAAAUGCCGUUUCAGAAUUUCUUCUUCUGUUGUCUCCCUACAUUUUGCAUUUUAACCAUUCUGUUUUCAUUCUCCUGAUUGAUUAGUGCUCUAUUUAAGUUCCCUGUUUUUUCUCCUCGCAUUGCAUCAUGUCAGGUUAUGUUUGUGUUUGAAUGCUCACAUUUGUUAUUGUUCAGUUUAUGCACUGUUUAUUUUGUGUUUUCUUAUGGUUUCUUUCCUAGUUUUACUAAGUUUCUGAUAGCCCCAGUACCUAGUGUGUUUAUUCCUUGUGUUUGUUUGCCUGAGCCUGUUUCCCGGAACCUGUUCCCUGUGUCUGUCUUAAAUAAAGUUCUGCAUGUGCA